UUUUUUUCCCCGCAUCAUGAAUACCUGGGUGUUGUUUGCUUUUGCUGUGUGGGCGCUUUUCAUGCGCUUUUUGCCACGGAUAUUUAAUUUCAUGAAACUGCAACGCUUUUCGCGUACAUUGCCUGGGCCCACGGUGGGCGAGCUGAUAGCCAAUGUUAAGAAAGGCCAGAUACUCAAUUGGCUGAAGGAGCUGCGCCUGAAGCAUGGCCCCGUUUUUCGCAUCUGGCUCGGCAAAGAUCUGGUGGUGUUCUUCUCAGCGCCCGAUGACAUCAAACAGCUGCUGAGCAACAGUACGCUGCUGACCAAGUCGCGCAACUAUCAGCUGCUGGAGCCCUGGCUGGGCAAGGGCCUGCUGACGAACAGCGGCGAGUCCUGGCAUCGCCGACGCAAGCUGCUGACGCCUGGCUUCCAUUUCCGCAUUCUCGGCGAGUUCAAGGAGCCCAUGGAGGAGAACUGCCGCAUUCUGGUCAAUCGCCUGCGCGCCCAUGCCAAUGGCGAGCCCUUCAACAUCUAUCCCUACAUCACGCUAUUCGCCCUGGACGCCAUCUGCGAGACGGCGAUGGGCAUCAAGAAGAACGCCCAAAUGCAGAGCGAUUCCGAAUAUGUGAAAGCAGUGCAGACCAUUUGCCGGAUUCUGCACCAUCAGAGCUUCUCCUUCUGGCAGCGCUUCAACAUUCUCUUCAAUCUGUCUGCGGCGGGACAAGAGCGCAAUGCGGCGCUGCGCGUGCUGCACGGAGAGACGAAUCGCGUGAUCCAACAGCGCCGCAAGCAGCUGCAGCUGGCCAAAGUGGAGCAGGGGAAGGCACAGCAGCAGGAGGACAACGAUGUGGGUGGCCGGCGGCGAUUGGCAUUCCUGGACAUGCUGCUGCUGGCGCAGAUGGAGGGCAAUGGCUCGGAGCUGAGCGACGUGGACAUACGCGAGGAGGUGGACACGUUCAUGUUCGAGGGCCACGACACGACCAGCUCGGCGCUUGCCUUCGCCAUCAGUCUGCUGUCGAAGCACGCCGAUGUGCAGCAGCGUGUCUACGAGGAGGCUGUGGAGCUGGAGGGUCGUGAAAAGGAGUCGAUGCCGUAUUUGGAGGCCGUCAUCAAGGAGACGCUGCGCCUGUACCCAUCCGUGCCAUUCUUCUCACGCGGGGUGCUCGAGGAUCUGCAGGUGGGCGAUGUGACGGUGCCAAAAGGAGCGUCAGUCAGUUGCCUCGUCUAUAUGCUACAUCGCGAUCCGGACAGCUUUCCCGAUCCGGAGCGCUUCGAUCCGGAUCGCUUCUAUCUCAACGAAAACAAACUUCAUCCGUUCGCCUUUGCUGGCUUCAGUGCGGGUCCGCGCAAUUGCAUAGGUCAAAAGUUUGCCAUGCUCGAACUGAAGUGCACGCUCGCCAUGCUCCUGAGACAUUAUAAAUUCCUGCCCGUCGCCGACCAUCAGCCAAUGCCACUCGCCGAGCUGGUCAUGAAGAGCGGCAAUGGCAUUCAGGUUCGCAUACAGCCACGCCCACAAUCGAACUAGUCUCUGUCUAUGAAUCUACAGUUGUCUUGAUUUUCCUUGUUCUAAUAUUUUAAGUUGUAACAUAAUAAUAAACU